AUGGUUGCUGCUAACAAGGCCUGUCUUAUUGUCAUCGACGGCUGGGGUAUCAACGACAACCCCGAGGCCAAGGGCGACGCUAUCCGCGAUGCACCCACCCCGGUCAUGGACGGGUUCGAGACCGAUGCCCAGUUCACCUCGCUGGCGGCCCACGGUCGCGCUGUCGGUCUGCCUGCGGGUCUGAUGGGCAACUCUGAGGUCGGGCAUCUGAACAUUGGCGCUGGGCGUGUUGUUUACCAGGAUAUUGUGCGUAUUGACCUUGCGCUGGAGGAGAAGCGGUUUGGCAGCACCGAGGCUAUCAAAGAUCUGUUCGACCACGCCAAGGCCGGCAACGGCCGCCUGCAUCUGGCAGGUCUGGUCUCCGACGGCGGAGUGCACGGCCACAUCAAGCACCUGAUUGGGCUGCUGGAGGCGGCCAAGGAGGCGGGCGUGCCCGAGUCGUAUGUGCACUUCUUCGCUGAUGGUCGCGACACGAGCCCGCGCUCGACGACCAAAUACCUGGCGGAGCUGCAGCAGGCGAUCGUGUCGCUGCAGUACGGCAAGAUCGCGACGAUUGUGGGCCGGUACUACGCGAUGGACCGCGACAAGCGCUGGGAGCGGGUGCAGGUCGCGUUUGAUGCGAUGACCCAGGGCACUGGCGAGAAGACCAGCGACGCCAUCAAGACGGUGGAGGAGCGGUACGCCAAGGACGAGACCGACGAGUUCCUGAAGCCGAUCAUUGUGGACUCUGAGGGCCUGGUGAAGGAGAACGACAGCAUUUUCUUCUUUGACUUCCGCUCGGACCGCAUGCGCGAGAUCACGCAGGCGUUCGGUAUCAAGCCGACGCCGUUCGACUCGGUGGUGCCGGCGGGCCUGCAGAUUGCGACGAUGACGCAGUACAAGGCGGACUUCCCGUUCCCGGCGGCGUUCCCGCCACAGAAGAUGACCGACGUGCUGGCCGAGUGGCUGGCGAAGGAGUCGGUUGCGCAGGUGCACGUGGCCGAGACCGAGAAGUACGCCCACGUGACGUUCUUCUUCAACGGCGGCUCGGAGGCACAGUUCGCCGGCGAGGACCGCGACCUGAUCCCGUCGCCCAGGGUGGCCACAUACGACCUGAAGCCCGAGAUGUCGUCGUGGGCAGUGGCCGAGAAGGUGGCCGAGGAGCUGGACAGCGGCAAGUACCCGUUCGUCAUGUGCAACUUUGCCCCGCCCGACAUGGUCGGUCACACGGGCAUCUACGAUGCGGCGUUCCAGGCCAUGGAGGCCACCGACAAGGCCAUCGGCCGCAUCUACGACGCGUGCAAGGAGAACGGCUAUGCGCUGUUUGUCACUGCCGACCACGGCAAUGCCGAGAAGAUGCUGUCGGACGAUGGCUCGACCCCGCACACCGCCCACACCUGCUCGCGCGUGCCGUUUGUUAUGGCCAAUGCUGAGAACGGCGCCAAGUUCAUUGCCGACGACGACAAGCACGCCCUGUGCGAUGUCGCACCCACCCUGCUCAAGUACAUGGGUCUUGAGGUGCCCGAGAAUAUGACUGGCCACUCGCUGCUUGCCUAA